AGCGUGGUGUGGGGAGGCGCAUGCAAGACUUCUAUCACACGUCGUCGAACGAAGUAUCGCUGGAAGUGUUCUGUCUGUCAGUGUUUGUGGAUAGAAUACUCAUCAAAAUGACUCGUACUACGGAAUUACUGAAAUUUUAUCUCAAGGAAAAUACCAAUCUCUCUUCUGAAAAGAUCGAUGAAAUUGUUCCUACUGGUUAUGAAAGGUCUCAAAGUUCUGAUAUUGAAAUAGAUGGUUAUGAUUCCAUUGGCAGUGGUCCUGGUGUGACUAAAGAGGAUGCACGUAAAAUGCGAAAUAUAGCUGAUGAAUUCAAUGAACAGUGGAAAAAACCAAUUCAGGGGAUAGUGUCUGACUACACAGAUGCAUCAGAACAUGGUUCAUCUACCUCACUGAAAUCAAUGCUUAACACAUACUUCCAGCAAAAUCAGCUGAUGUCCGAUGACGAUAAAAAAACUGCAUUCGCUUUUAAAAUUUUAGCUGAUAUUACAACUUGUGUUGUCAACUCAGAAUAUGUAAAGAAUGCUGCAAGGGAUGUGUGCGAGUUGGUAGAUGGUUACUCUAUGUAAUUAAUGUAAAAUGACAAAAUGUAGACUGAAGAUUUUUGAUAUUUUUUUUUUUAUUGUAAUUUUUGUGUUCAUUAUUUCCAUAAGCACUGAUAUUAUUAUUUUUUAUUAUUAAGAAUGCUGUGGAAUGAAUGUGGUUCUCACAUACCGUAUACAUGAAUGUCCUUCCCAUAUUGGCAAUCAUCAUAAUCCCAUAUCCCAUAAUCACAUUCCAGUCCUUACCACAAUUGCCUCCUUCACACAUCGCUUAAGCUUCCAUUUUUAAAUACUGUAUUCAAAGAAAUUCCCCACUUUGAAUAAGCAAAUAAUGACUCCCUCGAAUAAAUGCCUCCCUCAAAUAAAUGCGCCUCCACCCCGCCCCUCCUUCCCAAAAAAAACCCUCAAAUAAAUACGGUACUCCUCAACAUUCCUGAUUCACACAUUCCCAUUCUUCUCCCUUUUCCCAAAUUUCCUCUAAUAUACAUUUCCUACCAUUACAAAUACCUUUUCUUUUUCCUCCCUUCCCACAUUUGUUCAUUUACACUUUCUUAUCAGUCCUCUAAGAAAUACCUCCUCGCUUUCCUACAUGCCAUUUAUUAUUUGAAUAUUUUGCUUCUCUUCAUUUUUCUCUACUUUUCAUACUUUCAUGCCUCUUUCCCAAUUACCAUGCUUUUGGUAUUCCAUCCUCCUUUCCUACAGUAGAUUCAUCCCAUUUCGACAACCUCUUCCUCUACAUUUCAUUAUUCAUGAUUAUUCUACAAAGUAGUACAGUAAUAUUAGUAUUAUUAUUAAUGAUAAUGUAUUCCUUAUCUAUUAUCUAUGUGUGGACUUCGUAUACAUAGCUGGUCAUUUGUUCAAAUUAAUAAAUUAUGCAAAAAAGGUAACUAGGUAAUGUGUUUUUCUUUUUCAUUAUUGCUAUAUACUGUAGUAUAAGUAAUUAGUCAUGUUUUGAGUACACUAUAGGAAAUAUAUUUCCUGAGUAAAUUUCCUGAUGAAGGCAAUUUUUGAAGGAAUAAUGGCUCCUAAGGCUUCUGUUUCCUAUAAUGUAUGAAAUUGUACUUGACAGUAAUUGCUUUAUAGAGUCAGUUGUGACGUCCAAUAGGUUUUCAAUUAGUGACCACCGUGCAAAUAGAAGUGAUGUAAGUCACCUCUGACUUAUAAUUAAUAUUCAAGUUUACUUGUUUUAUUAGGCAUAAGAUGCAAUGAUUAAUUUAGCCAAGUAACAAUGAAUCCUUGUUUCCCGUCCUGGGUUUUCCAAAAUGUUGUUGAAGGAGGCACUUAUUAUUUGAUAUUUGAUAUUUUUCACAGUUUGUCAAUAUAUGCCAAAGAAUGUUCUCUGCUUAGCAAAAUGUGUUGUAAACAAUUUGUCAAUACUGUAAUUUGUCAUUGCUUCUCUUGCUACAGUAUUAUCAUGGUCUUUGUGUUUAAAAAUGCAUUUGUAAACUAUAAAAUGUGUCAUCAAUUAAAAUUUUGCAUUUUUGAUGUAAAAAAAACCCCAAAAUUUUAGAAAUAACAAAAAACAAAAACAUUUAUGUCGCCCAAAAAGUGGUGAGUGAGGAAACAAGGAAAUUUUGUUAUUUGGCCUUGGUAUUUUAUUGAACUGUGCAAUUUUUAAUAAUAAAAUCUUCCAGUAUCUGUCAACAUCACAAUCAAUGUAUUUUAAGAGCGGGUAGGAUAACUUUCAGGUAAUUUGGUAGUGUACCAUAGUAAUAUUAAUUGCAUAAAGAAAUACAUAAAUAUGUUUUAAUAAUGCACCAUAACCUUAAAAUAUCAAACAAGAACUUGUCUGAUAAUAUUUUGUGAUAAAUACUUAAUCAGUCAAAAUUAAUAUCCUCACUGUAUUGAAAUAAUGUCGGUAUAACAUGAGCAUAUAGUUUGGGCAAUUCACAUUGUAGUUAACCACACCAGUACCAUAUUAUAUUUAAGUAAUAUGCAAAUAAGGGCUUACCACAUGACUAGAGCACUAGCAGAACAAAGAAGUCCCUGGCUAAAGGCUGCAUUGGGUCCUUCACUGGGGGAUGUGGUUGCGUACGGUGCAGUUUUUGACUUCUUAGUACUCUAUCCAGGGCCCAUGGCUUUAGCCAAUGAAAGCUCAUGAAACUGGACUACAGACUUGACUAGUAUUUUCAUGUUUUUGAUGUACUUUUAUAGCAUUUUUAAUCACCAUGUUACUAAAUUUGUACAGUUCAUAUUUCUGAGUUUGGGGAUGGUUAUUAAUUUGAUUAUAAUCAAAUCAUUCAUUAAAUUACACUUAAAGCAAAAUGUUGUAUAGUACAGUAUUAUAAGAGUUUGUCAAUGAUCAAUUAAUGAUAUUCCAAGAGGUAGUUAAUCAGCUUAUUUCUGGACACUCAAUUAAUUUGACAAACUGCAAGGCCGCUUUUCUUUGAUUUAAUUUAAAUUUAUUUGGAAAAAAGACAAGACUUAAAAUAUGUACUGUAAUUAUUGUAGAUCAACAUUUUUUUUUUAUUGUAUAAGCAAGUAAGUUGUGUAAGUGCGUUUCCAUUAUCUACAAUUUGCAGAUGAUUAGGCCUAUAUACAAAAGUAAAAUAAUGUUAACUAUAUAGUGAAUUAUUAUUCAGUGUCUAAAAAUUAUGAUUAAUAUAGAGUAAAAACUUCUAAACUUUUGUUUGAAAAUAUAUUCAGAGUUUAAUCAAUUGGUUUUUGUGGAAAGUAUUACUAAUGUGUCCAUCUGAUUAGUGAUGAAGCUGCAUAAAAUCUUUCUACUGGCUGAAUGAAACGGAAAACAUCUUUAAAUUAUUUCUACUGCAAAAUACUAACAAACUAUAGAAAGAUUGCUAAAGCUCAAAUGCACCUGUAAGUGGCCUGACAUAGGUUUUAUCCCAUCAGUCUGUUUACCAGAUAUACUAUUGUUGAACUAAAAAAAGAUAUACUGUAUGAAUUCCUUAUUUCAUUAAAUGGAGAUUUAUUUUAUAAACUGUAAAAUAUACUUAUGCACUCAUUCUUAGGUUGGUUGGUAAUCAAUUAAAUAUUUUCGUAGCAAAGCUUAAAUAAUUGUUUUUAAUCUGUGUGUGAUUGGAAGUUGAUUAUUUGAUUCAUUUAAUGAGCAAAAUAAACUUUUUAAAAAAAAAUUUCUACGACACUAAAUAUGAUGCUCAUUGCAGGCAUGAGCCUGAGUUCAAUUUGCACUAGCCAUUGCAUGAACAGAAUCAAAAUGCAAAAUUGAAUUAACAUGGUAAAGCAACAUGGAAAUAUGCUUUUAAUGUUUUUGUGUGUUCCAGAUUUGUCAUGUGACAGUAAAUCUUCAAAUGAAUAUUUAAUAAUUUCUUUGUUAAAAAUUAAAUUUGGUUUGUUUCAACUCUCUAUAGUGUAUACCGUAUUUUAAAAUUUAAUAAUUUAAUAUUGUGUAUUGUACUUGGGGUUUUAAAUCCUCAUGCUUAAAAAGCAUACAGUAGUGAUUGAAAAUAAGUUUAUGUUUGCUAAAUGAUUACCAAGUUGAGUUACUAAUUUUACAUGUUUUAUUCACAAAUCCAUGAUAUGUGAUGAUUACAAUUACUGGGGCAUUAAAUGCAAUCGGGAUUUAUAUAAUCAAAUGUAAAGCUAUUAUUUUUAUUAUUACUGUAAUUCUAUACUGUUUAAAUAAAUAACACUACAAUAUGGAA